AAAGAGAGCGAGACAGUGUAGUGGCUGUAAUGUAUUUGAUGUUCUCAUUGGUGCCCCCCCCCCCCUCUAACGUGUCACAAUUUCUGGUAGAUUAACCCAGAUAUGGGGAGCAUCAUCAGGUGUUGAAGUACCACUCACGCUCUCUUAACCCUUGUCUUCGGGGCAUCCACCUGCAGGAACAAGCACCUGCUGACUGAAAAAAAAAGUUCAGGAACUUGUGUAACCAACUCAGGAACAACACAUAUUUCACCAUGUUUUCUUUCAUUUGAUCGAUUAUUUUACCAACGCCUUGUGCCUUUAAAACACAUAGAGUUCGAGCCUCCACCAACAUGCUGUUCUCUUCAUCUUCCACGUUGCCAAUGUAUUUAUUGAUGACGUCUCUGCUGGUGAUGUGCCUGGAGGCUGCGGCCACUGCAGGAACCACUCCGGGCUGCGCGUCUUGCGGCAUGCCGCUAAUGGAGAAGAAUGCGGAGCAGAGGCUCAUGGUUGAAAUCGCCAAGCAGCAGAUCUUGAACAAGCUGCACCUGAAAGAGAGACCAAAUAUCACAUCGACUGUGUCCCGCGCUGCACUUCUCACCGCGCUCCGCAAACUGCACGCGGGACGUGUCAGACCGGACGGAACCAUUGAACUUGAAAACAAGAUCAAGGAAACCAAAGAUCCGGGAUAUGAAAUCGUGAGCUUCGCAGAAAUGGAUGAGAUGAACACUACUACUGGCGCCCAGCCAGACCUUACCUUCCAGUUCCAGCAGGAGAGAGACAACAGCAUCCAAGUGCUUCAGUCUGCCCUGUGGCUGUAUGUCCACUCCUCCGACACCCCGAACCGGGGUCCCCGCCCCACCGCCACAGCCCACAUCUAUCUGUCUCACCCUGGGGAGAGCAGAUCCAACCACACCCUCCUCUUGGAGAAGAUCUUGGAUGUGCAGAAGAGCAACUGGCAUACCUUCCCCAUCACCCACACCUUACAGGCCGUCAUGGACGGGGGCAAGCGGCAGCUACAGCUUGAGGUCACCUGCAAGGAGGCCGGGUUUGAGCCGGGCCAAGGCCAGAACCUGUGUGAGUUGGGUAAGACCAUGGACAUGGCUCAUCAGCCAUUUGUGGUGGCCCAGGUGCGGCUCCGUGACAACUUCAAACACAUCCUCCAGAGGAGGUCCCUGCGUUGUGGGGACAACGUCAGCGUUUGCUGCAAGAAGGACUUCUACGUCAAGUUCAAGGACAUCCAUUGGCAGGACUGGAUCAUAGCUCCAGAAGGGUACCACAUGAAUCACUGCAUGGGUCAGUGUCCCCAGGCCCUGGCCGGGUCUCCGGGCAUUGCGUCUUCUUUCCACGCCACAGUGUUCAGUCAGCUUAAAGCCAACGGCAUCAAUUCAGCGGUGUCUUCUUGCUGCGUGCCCAUCCAGCGUAGGCCUCUGUCUAUGGUCUACUUCAACUCACAGCACAGCAUUGUCAAGACCGACGUCCCUGAUAUGAUAGUAGAGUCCUGCGGCUGCACGUGAACGGACAAAAGAGAAAGACCAGACAUUCAGCUUAUGAUGCUUUUAGUCUGAGAAGACUAGAUUGAAUUUGUUACACACACACACACACACACACACACACACACACACACACACACACACACACACACACACACACACACACACACACACACACA